GCAUAUGUGUUGAUGUUAAAUGCAAGGUGUGAGACUAACAUUGCCUGUAAGCUAAACAUACUUGGCUGAGAAAGACCACAGGCAAAGGCAGACUCCAGCACUUAGCUUUGAUGUCCAUUGAGGAGAUGAUUGAGAGGGUUGUUGAGAGAGCCACGAAAACAACAUUGACAGAUUUGACUCUCUCAGGUGAGGCGGCAUAGAUUGGAGGAGACAGACAUGGUUGGAACUUACAGGUACCUGGGUGACCACCUUGAUGACAGACUGGACUGGUCAACCAACUGUGAUGUCUUGUUUAAAAAGGGACAGAGUAAAGCUCCACUUUCUAUGAAGGCUGAAAUCGUUUUAUGUGUAGUAGUGAAAUGCUGUACAUGCUGUACAUAUGCUGUCGUCUGUUGGUGUGGCAGCCUGACAGACAAGAACGUCUGGACAGCGUCUGGACAAAUUAACGUGCAGGGCUGGUUUGGCUCAGGGAAGGGAGUCUGGACUCUGUGGGGACUGUCACUGAAAGGUGCUGUUGUAUCCACAUCUGGAUCAUUUUAGCUACUUUGUUGUAUGUGGGACAAUAAAAGACCAAAAAUCUCCAAAGUAGAAGCGCCUGUGCAACACUGCAACAUAUCAACCAAUAUAUGAUUGACUGAAAAUUCACAUAACCAUGACCAAACUAAGAGCAAAUAUCAGAAUACGCUAUUCUUUUUCAAAACAUUUGACUCUUUAGAAGUUACUGAACAUGAAUCAGUACUGAUACUGAACUCGAGAGCUCAAUAAAUGCCUGUAAGUAUUUAACACCACUAAACUCAAUGUCUGUAAUUACAUUUGAAAACAUGUCACCUUGUAAGCAAACACUUUACAAUUCACUUCUGAUUUAGAGAUAGAUUGAAAGCUAAUGUUAUCCUUUCAGUGAUUUGUUAAUAUGUUUGAUGUGACUCAAACUGUCUUUAUAAAACUGGUCGGAACUAUGAGAAGGAAAAUGAACUUUAGAACUUAACUGUGUACUGUUUUGUACUUUGUGCUGUUUUUAUAUGUGCAGGUGAAAUAAAACUUUAUUGAUUUAUGUUUUAAUAGUUUAAUAAAUGGCUUCAAGUCACUCCCCUUCCAGAAAUAAGAGUCUGAUAACGCCUCUCGCUUCUUCCUCAAAAGCACAUUGCACAACUGUAAAGUCUUCAAAGAACACAAGCUUCCAUUCACUGACAUUGAGAGCAGAGAUGGCUCAAAAAGGAACUGAGCUGGAUCGAGAAACCUUUUCUUGUUCCAUCUGUCUGGAUCUACUGAAGGAUCCGGUGACUAUUCCCUGUGGACACAGCUACUGCAUGAACUGUAUUAAAACACACUUUGAUGAAGAGGAAAAGAAGAAAACCCACAGCUGUCCUGAGUGCAGACAACUCUUCCCAUCGAGGCCUGUCCUGGUGAAAAACACCAUGUUGGCAGUUUUAGUGGAGCAGCUAAAGAAAACUGGACUCCAAGCUGCUCCUGCUGAUCACUGCUAUGCUGGACCUGAAGAUGUGACCUGUGAUUUCUGUACUGGAAGAAAACUGAAAGCCUUCAAGUCCUGUUUAGUCUGUCUGGCAUCUUACUGUGAGAAACACCUUCAGCCUCAUUAUGAUGCAGCUCCUUUAAAGAAACACAAGCUGGUGGAUCCCUCCAAGAAGCUCCAGGAGAACAUCUGCUCUCGUCAUGGUGAGGUGAUGAAGAUGUUCUGUCGUACUGAUCAGCAGAGUAUCUGUUAUCUCUGCCCUGUGGAUGAACAUAAAGGCCACGACACAGUCUCAGCUGCAGCAGAAAGGACUGAAAGGCAGAGAGAGGUGGAGGGGAGACGACACAACAUCCAGCAGAUGAUCCAGGACAAAGAAAAGGAUGUGAAGCUGCUUCAACAGGAGCUGAAGGCCAUUGCUCACUCUGCUGAUAAAACAGUGAAGGACAGUCGGGAGAUGUUCACUGAGAUGAUCCAUCUCCUCCAGGAAAGAAGCUCUGAUGUGGAGCAGCAGGUCAGAUCCCAGCAGGAAACUGAAGAGAGUCGAGUCAAAGAGGUUCAGGAGAAGCUGGAGCAGGAGAUCACUGAGCUGAAGAGGGAAGACGCUGAGCUGAAGCAACUCUCAGACACAGAGGAUCACAACCAGUUUCUACACAACUACCCCUCACUGUCACCACUCAGUCAAUCUACACACUCAUCCAGCAUCAAUAUCUGUACUCUGAGGAACUUUGAGGACGUGAAAGCAGCUGUGACAGAGCUCAGAAAGAAACUAGAGGACAUUCUGAGAGAGACAAGGACAAACAUCUUACUGACAGUGACUGAAGUGGAUGUUUUACUGUCACAACCAGAGCCAAAGACCAGAGAUGAAUUCUUAAAGUAUUCAUGUGAAAUCACACUGGAUCCAAACUCAGCACACAGAAAUCUGGUACCGUCUGAGAGGAACAGAAAAGCAACAUUCAUAUUACAACAACAGUCUUAUCCUGAUCAUCCAGACAGAUUCACUGAUUUUCAUCAGGUCCUGAGUAAAGAAAGUCUGACUGGAUGUUGUUACUGGGAGGUGGACAGGAAAGGGAUUGUUGGUGUAGCAGUCACAUACAAGAAUAUCAGCAGAUCAGGAAAAGAAAGUGGAUUUGGACGUAAUGACAAAUCUUGGUCAUUAGAAUAUUUCCUCACCAGUGCAUUUUGGUACAACAACAUCAAAACCGCCAUCUCAGGUCCUCGUUCCUCCAUAUUAGGAGUGUACCUGGAUCACAGAGCAGGUAUUCUGUCUUUCUACAGCGUCUCUGAAACCAUGACCCUCCUCCACAGAGUCCAGACCACAUUCACUCAGCCACUCUAUGCUGGAAUCUGGAUUAGUUUGCUGUCAAGUGCUGAGUUGAUUAAAGUGAAAUAGACAGAGGUAACUUCAGGACCAGAGAGUUAAAUCCUGUGUUUCUCUUCAUCAACUUGUUUUCUCUCCAUGUUUGUUGCUGAGAGUUCAUUGUUGUGGUGUUUCUGCUCAGAGAUCAGCUGUCAGUCAAACAUCAUGGCUGCUACCUUGACAUGUUUAAUAGUUGUUCUCUGGAUGUUUCAUCACUUUCUUUAGGUGGAGCUCUUUCCUGUGUCUGUUUAGCCAUGGAGGAUAUCACUGCUCAUGAUGACUUUUAUUUCCAUUACAAUCUAAACUUCUCCGAGCUCUUAAUGUCUGAUGAAUAUUUGUAUUAAUGUAUUUGUGUUGUUGUUUCUCUUCCAUUUCAUAUCAGAGGAAUCAGCAGACCUUCUUUUAUCACUGAUAUGUUGUUGGUCCUGCUAUUAACUUAUCUUUACAAGUAUUCGUCAGAUCAAAUGUUUUUUAAAUUCAUUUAAAAUGAGGUUUAUGAAACUAAUCAUUGUGAUCAUUACUGAGGAGGAGAUCAUUUAUUAUUUUCUUGGUUACACUGAAUGAUUGUGUUGAUUUUGUAAGAUUGUUUUUCUAUAAUCAAUCAAUAAAGGUGUUUAAAGAACUCA